AUGAGGUUUGGUCCGGAAACCAACAGUUCUGCCUGGUCAACCGCUUUGGCGUGCUUGUGGACGUCGAGCAAGUCGACAAGUUACGGAAGAAGUUCGUGGAGCUGA